CAUCCGUCAACAGCCGGGUCCACAGCAGAAGAAACCCUCAGCUCAUGAGCAGCUUCUUUCAAAACAAACUGACAUUCACGUGAUAAAUUCUCUUUAUUGCGUCACUGAACGUCAGUCAGUUUAAUAUUAAAUCAGAGACAUGAUUUUCGUAAAUAAAUUGUUUUCUCAAAGUCCGCGUGUGAAAGUCGCGCGGUUGUUUAGAGCCGUUUUCUCCCCCUGUAGAUGUUUUCACGAAGAAACGGUGAGACGUGACGACAGCAGCGGUUUACCUGUGAUUCAUCACAGACAUUAUGUGUGUGAUCUUCCACCGAAGCACAGGUUUCCAAUCGACAAGUUUCCACGGGUUUUACACUUUUUAAUCCAAGACCAAGUCAUUACACACAAACAGGUGUGGGUCCCUGAAAUAGCCUCCACAGAGCUACUGAGCUGUGUGCACACCGAGGAAUACCUGGACAACUUCAUACAUGGGAAAACCAGCGAGAAGGACCAAAGGAGGACGGGUUUCUCCUGGAGCGAAGGCCUCGUGAGACGCUGUCGAUAUGAAACAGGGGGGACAGUUCUGGCCGCCAACGUGGCUCUGCAGCGAGGUCUGACCUGCAGCACAGCAGGAGGAACUCACCACGCGUUUCCAAGCUACGGCUCAGGAUUCUGUCUCCUCAACGAUUUGGCGGUCGCAGCCAAAUCGGUCAUGAACAACUCCUCACCAAAGAGGAAGGUCCUGAUCGUGGAUCUGGACGUCCAUCAGGGCGACGGCACAGCUUUUAUAUUUAAAGACGAGCCGUGCGUGUUCACGUUCUCGGUGCAUUGUGGGAAAAACUUCCCUCUCCGUAAACAACAGAGUGACCUCGAUGUGAGCGUCGAGGACGGACUGGAAGACAAGGAGUACCUCUCCAUCGUCGAAGCUCAUCUCCCUUGGGUGUUGGACACGUUCCAUCCAGAUCUGGUACUGUACGAUGCAGGAGUCGACCCUCACCGAGACGACGAGCUCGGCAGGCUCCAUCUCACCGAUCAAGGCCUGCGCGAGAGAGAUCUGUACGUGAUGAGGACGGCGGUGAGCAGAGGCGUCCCCGUCGCCGCCGUCAUCGGAGGAGGAUACUCGCGAGACAUCGACAAACUGGCGCUCAGACACUCCAUCGUCCACAGAGCAGCAACUCAGGUCUGGAGGGAGUGUGGACUCUAAAACUUUACGUCUCCUGACUCGAGAUGAUCCUUAAAGGGUAACUCCUAAUAUUUAGGAGCCAAUGCCAAUAUGUGUGUUUGGAAAAAACGUCAAUUUUCUGGUACCUAGUGCUGAAUAUUCCUGGUUAGUAUUGUUUCAUAAUGUACAAUUGAUGUAUUUCUUACACUCAGGUUAUUGUAAUUUGGUAAAUAGUUACUGACGUAUUGUGCGUUGGAUGAUCACGCACCCAACUUUUGCAGUUUGUGACAUUGUCGGUUUCUCAGUACCGUGACUCCCAAACGGUUGAAGAUAUCUACAGCCAUGAAAUUAAAAAUAAAUCCAGGCUGAACUGAUUAUCAGUGUCAAUCUAGCAAAUUCUAAUGGACCGUUAAUGUCGGGGAAGGCAGCACGAAAACACUCAUGAAUGAAAAA